AACACAUGAGCGGGGCCCGUAUUAGAGAGAGACGUUGCCAGCUAGGAAUGUUACCACUGGUGCGCAGAGUCAAAACGAGUGCGAUCCCCUCGCUUCGUGUGCUUCCACCCUGCUGUUCGCAGCUCGUUUCACAGCAAGCUCAACUGCCGCGCAAGGGCGCAGACUGCCGCAAACUCUACCCCUUCUCCACGCAUUGCCACGUACGCUGCGCAAAUUGCAAUGGCGGCAGGAAAGUUCGCCCUCGUGCUUCUGACGGUGGCGCUCGUCGCGUGCGGUUCCGCGGAGGCAGGCACUAGCCGGUUGUUGCUGCAGAGCAACUGUGUGCCUGGCAGCAGUAACCCCAACGCUUGCUACAACGCACCCGGAACUGCCUUCACCUGUUGCCCUGGAUCCUGCACCAACAACCCCGGGCCUACCCCUGCUUGCCUGAAUGCCGCCCCGACUGGAACGACCCCGGCACCUACUUCCCCCCCAGUGAACGUCACCCAGACCGGGGGCCCGCCUCUUCCCAAGCCCAACAGGACCCCCACUCUGACCUUCAUUGAGGUUGCCACCCCCGCUUCCACGACCACCUAUGGUGACAUCAACGCCCGGGGCGCCACAGUUUUCUACCGGAACAAGGUGCUCGACACGCUGGGUGGUUCCCAGAUCGGGUUCACGACGCAGAUCGUGCGUCAGAGCAUCGGCCCCAACGAGGUCCCCUUCGGGAACUUCGAGCAGGACACGCUCUACUACCUCGAGAUCGGCUCAAGCACCGUCUUCGCUGACGGGCUCUUCAGCCAGCAGACGUCGGCUACUCUGGCGAUCAUUGGCGGGACCGGUGACUUCAGUUUUGCGCAGGGCACGAUCGUGGUCGACAGGGCGGGCACCGACAGCGCCGGCAACGUGCUGUUCAAGGGCGCGCUUUACCUUCCCUAGACAGAAAAUACUGCAACUUUGACUGAUCUAGAAAAUUUUGUGGUUGAAUUUCGAGCUUUUUGGCAGCUAAGGUUGCUCACGCAAGUGAUCAUUGAACGUGUAACCUCGCUUCCGACUCGUAAAUAAGCCGGGAUGAGUACAACUUGACAUUCAAAUCACAACUUUGUCGGGAGGUAGUUUGUUCGCACUGAGCAAUUGAUCCAACAAAAAUUUGGGUCCUACACG